GGAGUCUCCAGACCUGUUAAGGCCAGGCCUCUCUGCACGCUCCUGUGAGCCAACAGAACCGGAGCAAAGGAAAACGAAAGCUGUGGAAAAGCAUCUAGUGCUUCCUGCAUGAAAUCAUGCCGGGGACGUUCUUGGAGUCCAGCUGCACUGGCUUGAACAGUGGUCAGUACUUUGUGGAUCUUCUGGAGGAAAGGAGGAGCAGCAGUGACCUUGGCCAUGCCCUUCGCACUUACAACCCCCAACCUUACAAAGACGCUUCAUCCUGCUCCCCAGCGGAGAUCAACGAAGCUGUGCUGGAUUCACAGAACCUCCGAUACGUCAUGAAGGAGAUUGCGGCAGAAACGGGUGUAGCAACGGAGGAGCUCAAAGUCUCUGCAAGAGGGAUUUUGGAGGAAAUGUCUCAGAAUCUCCAGCUGCGCUGCAUCCGGCUGAUGGCCUUCACGCUCACUAAAGUCGUCAAGCGACUCUUCAGCAACAUCUACAUCAAUAUGGAGGGACUCAGCAUGCUGCAACAAGCCAUUCAAGAGAGUCCAGUCAUCCUGAUGCCCAACCACAGGAGCUACGUGGACUUUUUAAUCAUCUCCUACAUUCUGUUCACCUACGACCUCCCAGUUCCUGUCAUCGCAGCAGGAAUUCCUUUGGCAGGGAUGAAGGUUGUGGGGGAGAUCCUGCGUCGCUCUGGAGCUUUCUUCAUACGCCGGGACAUCGGCGCCGAUAAGCUCUACUGGGCUGUGCUGUCCGAAUACGUCAAGGUGUUGGUGCGGAGAGGAUGUGCUCCCCUUGAGUUUUACGUGGAAGGUUAUCGGAGUCGAGCGCUGAAGUCUCUGACACCGAAACUGGGAAUGAUGCACAUGGUGCUGGAGCCCUUCUUCAAAGGGGAGGUGUAUGACGUGACGCUGGUGCCCAUCAGCAUCAGCUACGACCGCGUCCUGGAGGAAUCCCUGCUGGCUCAUGAGCUACUGGGGGUCCCGAAACCUAAAGAGAGCACCAGAGGCCUGCUGAAGGCCACUGGAGUCUUGGAGGAAGACUACGGCUGCAUGCAUGUGACUUUCUGUCGCCCUCUCUCUGUCAGAGAGCUGUGUUAUGGAAGGAUCAGCCGCUGGCAGUACAACCUCACACCGAGAGAUCUCCCUCAGAGGCCCUCUCUGGAGGCGCAGGCCUGUGUGAGCUGGUUGGCUCAUCUGGUGCUUCGAACUCAGGAAGGCGCGUCUUGGAUCAGCCCCUGGUCCCUCAUGGCGCAUGUGCUGCUGCAGACUCCCACCGCAGUCCUCGCUGGUGAGGGUCUGCCCUGGCACCAGCUGAUGGAGAAGACCCUCUGGCUCAAGAAGCUGGCCCUGGAUCUUGGAGCGCAGCUGAACUGGCCCGCGCAAGUCCCUGACUCUGAGGUCGUGACCUCCAGCUUGGCCCUUCACCACUCCACAGUUCAGCACAGAGCAGGGCACGUGUCCUUGGCUGCAGAGGAGGAGCCCACACCGAAGUGCCCAGCCAGCCCUGAGGAGCGGGUGAUCCGGACCGCGGUGCCUUUGCUGAUGUUGGCCUCGUACCGGAACCAGUCCAUGCAUGUGUUCGUCCGGCCUGCUCUGCUCGCCACGGCCAUGCGGGUGACAGAGAGCACGAGGAGAGAUGAGAUCUUCGCCUUCUUCUGCUUCCUCCAGCAUGUCUUCUCCGCAGAGUUCAUCUUCAUUCCUGGCCAAGCUUCGCAGGACUUCGACGAGGCCUGUCUUCUCCUGAAGAAAUGUGCAGCUCUGGAGAUCAAGGGUCAAGAACUUACUGUGUCAGACGCCGGUGGGGAGGUGUUGCACUUCCUGCGGUCACUUCUGCUGCCCUUCAUCCAGUCUUAUGAGGUGAUGUUGAGGUAUCUGUGUGAAGGAGGAGGUCAGCAACUCUCCGACAAAACGCUGCUCCCUGCUGUGCGGAGUCUGGCGACGAAGCUCAUCCUCUCCGGUGAGCUGGGCACGUACGAGGCGCUCUCAUCCGACGCACACAAAAACGCCCUGUCGGCGCUGAGGCGGCUGGAGGCCGUGACAAAGCUGCGGCCGUCCGAGCGGAGUGAGUACAGGGUCGACACGUCGGCCGUCAGAAGAAUUAGAGACGUGCUCUCUGGGAAAAUCCCCCCGCAGACUCUUCAGGCCGCACCUGACGCAAGACUGUAGUCUCUGCUAGAACCCGUCCACCUCCUGGAUCCACCUGGAUCCACCUCCUGACAUAGCCAUCAAACCUUUGCUAGCUAUAAGCUAGUACGCUAGUGAGUCAUAGACAGUUAGCCGAGGGCUGCAACCUUAGCGAUUUCUUCCUUGUUAUGUUAGCAAUACUAGUGUCCCGUGGUUUUAAACACACAAUUUCACCUUUGACCUUUAAAGCCUUAUAGGCCCAGUCCAGACGAGACUGUCAGAGUUUAGCCAAGAGGAGUGUCGCGGUGACACCGGGUUGUAAGGAGAUCUUCUUGAGAUGGAUUACAACCGAUGUAUAUUUCAAUUAAAUUCAAUAUAUGUUCAACAGACUGUCUU